GAUAUUAGAAGGAGAAGAUUUUCAAACGCACCAUCACACCAGGAUCUGAUGGAGUCGCCCAUUUUAUCACAAAUGGAACAUGAUCAGAUUUUAAACCUGGAAGUAAAAAGCUCCAUUCACACUGGAGAGAAACUGUUGUGUCGGGAGGGAUUCACUCGGUCAUCUAGCCUGCUGGAACGCCAGCUCAUUCACACUGACAAGAGACCAUUUCAAAGCCCAGACUGUGGAAAAUCCUUCAGAACAUCCCGGAACCUGAUGUCCCGUCAACUAGCUCGCAUUAAUGAGAGACCUUUUAAAUGCCAAGACUGUGGAAAAUGUUAUAAAACAUCUGGGAACUUGGUGUCCCAUCAACACGUUCACACUAAAGAGAGACCCUUUAAAUGCUGA